UGGCGGCUUUUGGAACUUUUUCAAAAUUUUGCUCCACAAAAUCAUCGUUUUGCAAGAUAUUGAUAAGAUCCCCAUUCUCGAAACCAAAUUUAACAUGUAAAAAUAAAAGUUUUCCACUAAGAAAAUAUAACCAUUAUACCCACAAUAUCAAUGGUUCUGCUACAAACCAACGAUCAUUCCCUAAUUGGAUUGCUGGCUUGCGCCUGUCGGAAAACCAUUGCUAUAUCAAUGCUUUGCAAAAUGGCAGAAGAUGUUGCAUAAGAUUCAGACACACAAAGCUUGUUGGUGCUGGAAUAUCUGUCGGAAUUGCUGGUAUUGGAACGGUGGCACUCUGUGCUGCAGGAAAUGCAAACAAUGACCAUUUGAUGAGAGACGCAAAGUUCAAUAAUCCAGACAAUAUCAAGAGGUUAAUAAAACUUGGUGUGGAUGUGAAUCAGAGACACCAGCUGGGUUGGACAGCCCUCCAUGUUGCUGUCAUCAAUAGGAAUUAUGAGUGUAUAAAAGUUCUUUUGGAAAAUGGUGCUGACCCAAAUCUUGGUGAUGACUUCAGCAAUGUUUAUCAAAUCGCCAGAGAAAAUAGGCUGAAUUCUUUGCAAGUGAUGAUCACAAGAGAAGAUGAGUUCAGUGAUCUUCUCAGCAAUCGUGCCUCUUUCAAAGGGUGUACUGCAUUACAUUAUGCCGUCCUGGCUGAUAACUGUGAGAUUGUCAAGUUACUCUUGGACUAUGGGGCAGAUCCGACAGCUGAAAAUUACAACGGGCACCGACCAGCAUCUUACGCCAAGGAUGAUCGCAUUAAGAAUCUCCUCGUUGAGAAUGAAUCCAAGUACAUCACCCAAAAACAGGAGAGAGAGGCUGAGGAGAGGUGCAAAUUCCCACUGGAGCAGAGGAUUAAGGAACAUCUUAUUGGACAAGAGGCUGCGAUUGCCACGGUUGCAUCAGCAAUCAGAAGAAAGGAGAAUGGUUGGUAUGAUGAAGACCACCCACUGGUGUUUCUCUUCCUCGGCUCCUCUGGCAUAGGCAAAACAGAGCUCGCCAAGCAGGUUGCCAAAUACCUCCAUAAGGCUGAAAAGGAAAAGAAGGGCUUCAUUAGAUUGGACAUGUCCGAGUAUCAGGAGAAGCAUGAAGUGGCCAAGUUCAUCGGAUCACCUCCUGGUUACGUGGGCCACGAGGAGGGUGGACAGCUGACCAAGAAGCUAAGGGCAUGUCCAAAUGCGGUGGUUCUCUUUGAUGAAGUCGACAAGGCACAUCCGGACGUCUUGACUACUAUGUUACAGUUAUUUGAUGAGGGUCGACUUACGGAUGGGAAAGGCAAGACCAUCGAGUGUAAAGAUGCCAUCUUCAUCAUGACGUCUAACCUUGCGAGUGAGGAGAUUGCUCAGCAUGCCCUCGACUUGAGAGAGGAGACAACACUUCUCACUGUCGAGAGGUCCAAUGAGAUAUCUGAUGGUAACGAAAUAGCCGAGAGGAUCACCAUCUCAAGGAAGUUCAAGGAUGAGAUAGUCCGUCCAAUCCUGAAGCGUCAUUUCCGUCGCGAUGAGUUCCUGGGAAGAAUCAAUGAAAUUGUGUAUUUUCUGCCGUUUUCAAGAGCUGAAUUAUCGAAGCUUGUCGUCAAAGAGUUGGAGUUCUGGGCAAAGAGGGCCAAGGAACGCAAUAGCAUCGAGCUCGUAUGGGACCGGCAGGUCAUUGAUGUACUGGCUGAAGGUUAUAAUGUUCAUUAUGGUGCUAGAUCUAUCAAACAUGAGGUUGAACGACGCGUGGUGACCCAGCUAGCCACGGCACAUGAGAGACAGCUCAUCAACAAGGGCUGUGGAUUACGCAUUGCCGUCGAGAAUCCCAACGAUGAGAUAGCGCCCUCUAAAGAGAAACAGUUACAUAAGAACAACCAGCCUCCGUCGCUCAAGUUACAGAUUGUCAAGAAAGGAGAAGCAGGGAGGGAUGAGUAUGAGGAUUUACCAUUGAACAAUGCUUCAAAUAUUUUCAAUGAGUUCAGUUAGGGCAAAUAGCUAUUAUAGUUUUGGUAUAGGAAUAUUUUCACCUCAUUGUCAUUUCUAAAGUAUCUCUUGGAGUUUCAUUACAUCUCCCCAAAUCAAUCUUCACAUACUGGACCGCAGCCUUAAUCCAUUUAGAAAUUCAUUUUGUACACAACCGCUCCAGAAAAUGAUCACUUUUGCUGGCUAGGUGUCCAUGUGUGUGUGGCAGCCAUUGGAUGUCAUCAUCAUGACACAACUCCAACAACCCUGUUUAGUCUGGCCAUUAGAGUUUUGGCACUCAAAGCAUGUAUUAAUUUUGAAAUUUUGAAAUUGCUCUGCUGAAAUGAUGAUACUGUUGUGAAUGGUGAGGCAUCGGACAAUCUAUAAUAAGUCUGUUCUGACCCUCCUGCAUAUCUUAUAGAUAUCAUGAUACUGUGCCAUAUUCAUUUUGUCUAUCAUUUGUUUGUUGUGAGAUUUGAUCAACGUUGUUAGUGAAAUUGCUGUGGUUAUUUUUUCCAUAGUCAGUAGGAGCUUGGAAAGGAUGGCAGAAUGGGUUGAAGCAUUCUGUGUAGGUGGAGUAUUUGGAACAGUAGGUCGAACUCUCUUAUGAAAGCAUCCUUAUUUUCAUACAAAAAGUAUAGAAGAAGGAGGAAUCAUGGGGAGCAGAUAAUGUAUAAUGACAAUCCCCUUGUAACAGAGAUGGAAGUAUUGUAUCGUGGAAGAAGUCAGCAUCUCUAGUCAGUUAUGUUAACUGCCAGCUUCUGUUUCAGCUCUGUGUCUGACUGUAAUACUGAAUGUUGUUCCGACUACAGGAGGCUAAUGUCCGUCUGUUCUUAGCUUUGUCUCUUAACAGAUUUUGUUACUAUCCUUGGUGAUUGUCCGAUUGUGUUGUAAAAUAGUGCUGAAGAGUAAUAUCAAUGCAUUUUGUAAUAAUUUUGUUUGGUGCAUGAAUUUUUCUAGUCUUCUCUCUUUGGGUAUAAAACAAAUAGAGCUAUGAUUUUACUGGUAAAUGUCAUUUAUGUGUAAAUGUACUUAGUGAGGGAUUUUUGAAUAAAAGAUGUAUUUUUUA